AGAAGCAAAGGUCUGACGAAAGUGUGAAAGAGUAUUGUAUACGUUCGCUUCACCUUCGUCACACUCUCGCUAUACUUUCAAUGCAAAAUAAGCAUUAAGAAAUAAACAUGAAAAUGAAGGUGUGAGCAAAGUGUAGAUAAAGUGUACGGUGGUCUGGCAUGUUCACGCGGGUGGUGUAAAACAAUUUUGCUAUUGAAUUCAAUACAUUUUAUCUGAAGUGUGAUGAAACGAUGGCAAAUCAUAGUUUUAAAUUUCACGAGGGUGAAAUUGAAAUAAUUAAAAAAUUAGUUGGAAAACGAGAUAAAAUUAUACUUUUCUUUCUUGGCUAUGAGGAUCAAAUGCCCAUAGUUCCCGGACGACAUUUGAGAAUUGCAAGAGGACCCAACAUAUUCAAGGACUUGCAAUACUUUACGACACUCAAAAAUAGAUUACCAAAAGUGGUCGAUAUGUCAACAUCUUUUAUUCAAAAUAUUGUUGAUUCGAAUCACUUCAAAAUAAAAUUUUCCUCUGUAUAUUUGUCGGGGUUUAGUUUGGUCGGACAUGUAGCGGGUAAUGUGGGACUUGAACUGCAAGGAAUCUACGAUGGAAAAAUGGUGCCAGCCAUUUGGGCAUUCGAUGCACCGCAUAUCGGCUUUCCAUAUCCGAUAGAAGACGGAAAACCGCGACGAGUGCAAAAAGGCGACGGUAAACUUGUUGUAGUUUUUCAUUCAUCUUGGAUAGGAGGCAAAGAAACUAUAGUAGAUGUUGAUGUUAUUUUAAACAACGGAAACAACCAACCAGGUUGUGAAAAUCCUACAACAUCCUUGAAGUGCAGCCAUCGAGCUGCGUUCAUUCUUCGGGAGCUAAUAAUUAUAGAGAAGAGCAAUAGACUGUUGAAAAAUCGAUGGGGAAUUCCAUAUGCACAGUCGAUGACAACUUUUUCGAUCAAUUUCCCUUAGAUAUUACUAGCCCUUCUUUCGAUAAACAUGGGAUAUAUCGUUUACGCACUGGCAAGAUAUUCGGUACAGAUUCAGAUGCAAGCCUAUUCAGCUUAUUCAGCCAACAAAGUAUAGAAAAAGUUUUGCACGCUUUUAAUUUGAAAAGGAGUUCA